AUGUGGGUUUUUCAGCUUCCUUUCCCACCCCUCCCUGUUUCUGUCUGUGCCAGCCCUGGCUCUCCUCUGCUGCCUUCGGCCUCACUGCUUGGCCUGUCUUCUCUCCCCCUGCAGCAGAGGGACCUGAACUCCUUCCUGUGGACCAUACGGCGCCAUCCUCCAGCUUACCUAUUUGGCACCAUCCAUGUCCCUUAUACCCGCGUCUGGGAUUUCAUCCCCGACAACUCCAAGGCAGCCUUCCAGACCAGUGCCCGUGUCUACUUUGAGCUGGACCUGACGGACCCCUACACUGUCUCAGCUCUGGCCAGCUGCCAGCUGCUGCCCCCUGGGGAGAACCUGCAGGAUGUGCUGCCCCAGGAACUCUACUGGCGCCUGAAGCGCCACCUAGACUAUGUGAAGUUGAUGAUGCCUUCCUGGAUGACGCCUGCACAGCGGGGAAAAGGGCUGUAUGCUGACUACCUGUUCAACGCUAUCGCAGGCAACUGGGAGCGUAAGAGGCCCGUGUGGGUGAUGCUUAUGGUGAACUCACUCACGGAGACGGAUGUGCGUUCCCGAGGCGUGCCUGUGCUGGACCUCUACCUGGCCCAGCAGGCUGAGAAGAUGAAGAAGAGCACUGGUGCUGUGGAGCGCGUGGAGGAGCAGUGCCACCCGCUCAAUGGGCUCAACUUCUCUCAGGUGCUGUUUGCCCUGAACCAGACCCUGCUGCAGCAUGAGAGUGUGCGGGCCGGGAGCCUACAGGCGCCCUAUACCACGGAGGACCUCAUCAAGCACUACAACUGUGGAGACCUCAAUGCUGUCAUCUUCAACCAUGACACCUCCCAGCUGCCCAACUUUAUCAACACCACCCUCCCACCACACGAGCAGGUGACAGCCCAGGAGAUCGACAGCUACUUCCGCCAGGAGCUCAUCUACAAGAGGAACGAGCGCAUGGGGAAGAGGGUCAUGGCCCUGCUGCGGGAGAAUGAGGACAAGAUCUGCUUCUUCGCUUUUGGAGCAGGUCACUUUCUAGGGAAUAACACUGUCAUUGACGUCCUGCGGCAAGCAGGGCUGGAGGUGGACCACACACCUGCUGGACAGGCUAUCGACAGCCCUCCUGCCAGGAGUUCAGCGCCCCCUCCUGAGGAGACUUCAGCCAGCCUGGCCCCAGCAACCCCAGCUGCUGCCUUCCCUGAAGCACUCUCAGUGACACCCACCGUCACACCUGAAGAGGAGGAUCCAGCACUGUCCCCACACCUCCUGCUCCCUGACAGCCUUAGCCAGCUGGAGGAGUUUGGACGACAGAAGAAGUGGCACAAGAGGCAGAACAAGCACCAGCGGCCAAGGCAGUUCAAUGACCUCUGGGUCCGCAUCGAGGACAGCACCACUGCCUCACCGCCUUCACUGGCCCUGCAGCCCAGCCCCAGCUCUGGGACAGCCAGGUCUCCCUUCCAGCUCUUGGACCAGCUCCAACAGCAAGACUCACCAGCGCCUGCCAGCAGCUCAGCGCCGACCCUGGGCCUCCUCGAUGUCGUGGCUGCCACCAUUGCUGCCCCCUUCCUGCUACACACUCUCGGGCCCUCCUGACCUCGGCCACCUCACGCAGAGAAGUAGAGAAACCAUGUGAGAGUCUGCGGCCACCCCUAUGGCCCCCACCUCCACCUCCGGGAGUGCCACCACCUCAAGGGCAGUCCAGAGAGGGCCAUUUAGAACACUAGAGCUUUAUUAUACCCAAGUUACAUCUUCUUUUUUGUAGAAGGUCUUAAUUUCCCAUAGUGCUAUGGGGCUCUUUUGUAAAAUAUGUGUCCAUAUUAAAAGAGAAAAAUGUAUUUAUUCUACCGAUAAAACUAUUUUUAUGUGGCCUAUGUUAUAACCCCUAUAGCCCUAACAUCAACCCAAAGAGGAAUCCAGGUUAUCAAGACACCUGUGACCUGUGCUGAGCCUGGCUCUGAACUGGCUUGCUCCUGGAUCUCCAAAGCCUCCUGGGUCAGGUUUGGCUCCCCCUUCAUGGGGACUGCCAAGGGUGGGACAGGCAGACGUGCUUAGCUUUUGUGAAGCUGGAUUUAGGAGACAGAGGUGUGAAUGCUGCCUGUCUCCCCCUCCCUGGGAUGCAUCCCAGGACCUGGGAAGACACAGUAGGAAAGAGAAUGCUGCUAUUAUCAACCCCUGUGCAUCUAUGAACUGGCCCUCCAGAGCACUAGGUUUUGUGUUUCAACCAAAGCUCAGGGGUGGGAUGGAAGAGGCGGUGCUGGAUGUCAAGAGAGGCGGCCCCCAGUCCCAUAGAACGAAUAGUUACACUGAGAUUCAGUGAGAGUGAGCUGGGGCUGCCCAAGGUCACAGAGCAGGUGAGCAGGUAGCUCCAGGCCUCUUCCACUGCCAUGACUCCAGCUUGGGUCAGAGGGACUGUCAAGUCAUGCUGAGCAGAGUAAGCUGGGUCAAAGGACAGGAGUGGACACAGAGAGGGCAGUUCUAGGGAGACGGGCUGUCAAGGUCACUGGUUACAGUGAUGACAAUGGCGAUAAGAACUGCCGUUUGUUCAGAGCCUGCAGUAUUGGUGGGUACUUUGCACACUCGCUUCAUGAUAACUCCUCACACCAGUGCUGUAAACUGUAAUGAUCUCCAUUUCCUAGAUGGGGGAACUGAACCCCCAAGGAGGCAAAGGAACUUGCCCAAGGUCACAGCUUCAGGUCAUUGUGAUACCAGUGCAACUUGUGUUAUGGUCCAAGUUCUGACAUAUCUGCUCUGCGCAGGGAAGCACCACCCACCCUGGGACCAGCUCCCCAGGCCAGCCAAAGGCACUGUUUGAACAGUGCUCUUGAUGGUCCCUGUAACCAAAGGACUCUGACAGUAGCAUGUGCUAUUUGUCCAGUGGCCCAAUUUUUCACAAUUGGAUCCAGAACAGGUUUUCCUGCCAUAUCAGAGGGCAAGGUAGGGCACAUCUGCGGAGUCCCUAAGAGACAGCUACCAGUGGCAAGAGAUAUGCAGCAAAGACUCAGCAAGGCUCAGUGGUCCCUCCACUUCCUAGGGUGAUCGCUGAAGACCCAGGUGGGCCAGACCAGCCCUGAAUCUUAGCUGGGCUGGUGGCUCUCUAAUUACAUAAAGAGUCCUAGAUCUAGAGGCAAGAAAGACCUCUCACUUAACAGAUCAUAGAAACAAUAAGAGUAAUACUCAGAAUCAGAGAAAGAAACACUUCCCUAAGGCAGCACAGCUGGACAAACCAGCUGACUCCAGCCCAAUGCUUCUUUGCCUCACUGUACAUAGGUUCCCCUGGCAAGCUUGAUGGCACCUGAUUGGCCCAAGUGCCAUUAUGCCCACCAUGGUAUCUGCCUCUCUUCUGAAAUGGUAAAAUUCUGGACAGCUUGUUGGAUGGUCAGAGGUCCCAUGGGCAACCUGGCAGGCAGCUGAAUUCUUUCUAGCUCAGCCCCAAUGGACAAAUUUAAACCUGAGCUCUGACAGAAGCCUAAAUCUCUGCUUCAGAGGGUCCAGCCAGCCCCAUGGGCACCAUACUCUAAACUGAAGUUGACCUCAGUCAGGGCUACAGUUUAUCCUUGGCAAAAAUGAAAGGAAGAAAGGAAGAAAAGAAAGAAAGAAAGAAAGGAAAAGAAAAGAAAAGAAAAAAGAAAUUACUUCCUAUUUCUGAGCAGGAUGGGGCUUAGCUAGAUUUAUAAAGCAGGCUCAGAAGUUGGACAUCAAACGGAAUGUGCAGAGCGCUAUUGGAAUGAGAUAAGUGUAAAAGAAUUAGAAACACACAGGCCAAUUCCCCUCUGUUUGGGCAAAGUAUGGCCUGAGAUGUAUGGGGAACAAGCUGGAGGUUAAUUAAAGAUGAAGUAUUCAGGGAAACAGUCCAGGCACCUGAUUGUGUGCCCAGAUCUGUGCCAGGCACAGGGCCAAAAAGAUGAAUUAACGCAGCAUGUAAUUACUGCGCACAUGCAGUGCCAGACUCACUGCACGUGGAGUGAGUGUAACCACCCCUUUUGGCAGAGAGAAACUCACUCACAAGAUGGGGCAAGCAGCCUCGUGUCCUAGGUUACACUGUCUCGGCCUCAGUCUUCAUCUUUCCAGGCCCCUCCUCUAGGCAGACUGAAGAUUCUAAAGUCCCUCUCACCCAAACAUCCAAGUAAGAAAAGAUGUGUAAAGAAAGACGGAUAGACCAAUGGAUUAGAUAGACAUGUGCCGAGCAGAGAACCAGAGCCAGUGUGAGUCAGACAUGUGGAGCCAAAGUUCACUGAUCCCGAGGACAACCAGCUAGCCAGAGUCUGAGAGGAACUCAGCUUGCUGACUUUUGGAGACCUGAGGCACAUAACAGGAAUCCUCAGGCAGGGGGCCACUAGAAUUCUCUCGUCCUGUAUCAGAGCCCCUCCAUUCCAUAAGCAGCUACUCAGACCUUUGGAAUAUUCUACCUGCCUCAGCUUGUAAAAUGCCCCUGUUCCUUUGAGAGCAGCAUGUGCAUUUCUUAACAUUUCCAUAUUUGACCUUGAGGCAGACAAGAAAGACAGGAAGCCCAGGAUGCAGUGUAUGAAGCAGCCUGUCUAAGAGUUGACACCAUGUGUCCCAGAUGGCCCCAGGUCCCCUGUCUCUCAGGAAAGCAGUAGAGCCAAGCAUCUCUCCAGGGCCGGUUACAAUGGCCAUGUCUCUAGUGACUGGUCUAAUGUACCAGCAGCCAUGAAGGCAGGGAAAGCCUCUUCAUCUGUAGCACAGGUAUAAGAACCAGGCUUCCUGGGAGUCACAAAGGGCAGCUGAGGACCCUUCUUAUGCUGAGUCAAAGAUCUAGAAUCCCUCUGCUGUACUUAUUCUGAAAGACCCAGGCCGCACUUCCUUCGUGUUGAAUGGCAUCCCAGCUUCAUUUAGAUGACGGAAAGCUGGGAAACUCAGGCCACUCAUCCCACCAGCCCGACCUCCAGCCCGGGGCCAUUGAAGUCUCAGAGAGGAACAAAAAAAUCCUUCUACCAAGAGAAAGUACCAUGAAGGACAAGAGAAGUUUCACCCAGAAGUUGUAGCCUUGAUGGUUUCCUGUGUGGCGCAGAACAGAAUUGGGGCUGGUGAUAGUUUUUCAGUGAUGGUGACACAAGUACCUGAAUCCUUCACUGGCUGCUGUUCUACACCCUCGUGAUUUGGCCCUACUACACUUGCCAGCCACGUCUCAUCUGUCCCACCCUGUGCCUGACCAAAAGGAAUCAUAGUUGCCAUUUCUAGACUAGACAGGAUGUAUCAUACAUGCUGCUUCCUAGACCAAAGCUCCCUUAGUCCCCCUAACAUCUUAUCCUGUAAAGAUCAACUCAGCACCUCCGCCUGGAAGCCCCCUGUGAUUCCUUUGUCCUUUCUCAGCAUCUCAUAAUACCCACUACCCUUACAACUGUUUGUGGGACAGUCAAGUCACGUCAUGUGAAUUCGUCUUUGUAUCCUCAUCCCACACAAAGGUGGUGCUCAACCGAUAUGUAGAGCAGGAAAGAGGGAGAGAAGGCAGAAAGGCACAAUGGUAGGAAAGGAAAGAGGCAGACUUUCUGCUAGUUCUGCUAGCGGAAUAGCUUCCACCAAGCCUGAGCUGAUGGAGGGUGGCACCUGCAGGUGGGGAGCUUCCUGCUGGUGGAGGGGAAAAAGCAGGGUCAGGAGCCCCUGGCUGGAGAUGUGGUAGCAAGCUGAAGUCUUGGCAAGGAGCUAGUGUAGAUGACAUUGAGGGUGCCUCCUGGUUCUGUAAUGCUCAGGUUCUUUGAACAAUGUUACUUUUCCAAAAAUUCAUCUAGGCAGCCAAAAAUAUCACCCCAGCUGGCUGUCUAAACCAGUGGAGUUCAGGAAUCAGUCCCACCUCCCCCUCAUUCUUUAAUAGCCCAGCCAGGCCGGCUGUGAGCUGGCAGAGUCGCCUGCUGGCCCCAGAGCACUGGGAGCAGGGAGAGCCCUGCUCUGGAACCCAGAUCCCUCCAUAGCCCAAAGCUCCUUCUUUCUCUGUCACCUGACCUUGGGGAGAGAAGAGAAGGUUCACAAAAACCUGACUGGGUCCUACCUGGCCCUUCCAGGGAAAGUACCCUGUCCACACCUUUUUUUUUUCCAAGGUAAACUGGCCUAUUGCUCUCCAGAGGUGCUCUAGAUACUUUGCUGUGAUAGGUGACCUUGGGCAAGUCCCUGUCCCCUCAGAGCCUCCAUUUCCUCAUCUGUUACGUGGAGACCUUGUGUUUUGGGAAUAGGAAGGAGGAUGCCGGAGACAGUCUGGAGGAUCUGUGAAGGUGCGGUUCACCUCCUCCUCAGGCUCAGGGUUAGCUUUCCCCCCAGGACCACAGGGGGAGAAUUUGGCAGGCAGGGAGGAUGACAUGGCUUGCAGACCCCUCCAUCCCAAGUCCUGCUGUGGGAAAAGUGAGCUUUGAAUGGACCCAAGUCUAAGAUGUCUCCCAUAAACUGCCCAGACAAAGGGCUCUCAACUUUUGAGUCUCUGGUGGCUGGGAUGGGUGGGUCAGCUCUUGGUCAAAGGAGGCUGCAGCCCCUUCCUGAGGCUCACACAUAUUGCCGAUGGUCCCCGGCGUGCCUCACUGUGCCACACAAGCUUCUGCUCUCAGUGUAUCUGGAAGGUACUCAUGGUGUUGUUCUUUAAUCACCUCCUCCCUCACCGCUGUGAAUUGUCAUGAAGAGUUCUUUAAGAGUAUAAUAGAA